AAAAAAUAAUAGCCGUUUUUUGCCUUUGAUACGAAUUUGUCUGCGACAAGCUGGCCGAGGGGUGGCUGGCGAUUUUCUCGCGCACGACGCGAGAGGUGUCUCUCGCUGAAAAAGGGGGUUGGGCUUUUUUCCAAGUGAUGUUGGCCGCUACAUUUUCUAUAUCAACAAAAGAGCGUUUUUUUUCUCGACGUUGGCCACACAAUUGAGGCUCAUUUUUGACAACUUGAGUUAUUUUUUCACAACAUGGAGGCCGCGCUCACGAGGUUGAGUAGGCUUGUGGCCGAAGUGGAGAGCAAAUACGUCGCGGGAAAUGCGGAGUUGCUGGAAGAACUAGCGAGCCAGCUGGGAGCUGGGUUGAGGGGGUUGACAGAAUUGAUCAGCAAUUCUGAGGAACUGGGGUCGAGGGAGGAGGACAUGAUGGAGGCGUGCAGCGUGACGCUGAAGAGGUUGGCGGUUCGAAUAUGGAAUGAGAGUGUGAGUUUUGCUCAAAAGCGCAAUGGCGGCGCGCUGGGAGCAACGGAGGUGGGGGGUCUUCAUCCGAUUCCGGAAUUCAGCAUUCACUUGCGUCAGGUGGCGAGCGAGAUGUUGCUGGUGGCGGUUGAGCAUUGCGAGGGCGACGUGCCGAUUGCGUUGUACAGUUACGCGGUGAGGUUCAGCGCGAGAACGGGGAAGCUGUGGGCGGACAGGGGGGAGAGAGAGAAGGCGAAUGGGUGUUGGGACAGGGUGUUGCGCGUGUUGAGGGACGUGGAGAAGGGAGAGGAUAGGAGGUGGAGCUUGUGCCGCGUGGUGGGGGAGUCGGCGGCGGUGGCGGAGCCGCUGUUGCAACUGUGCGUUUGGAAGGCGGAGUGCAAUUUGGGAGGGCAGAUAGAGGCGGCGGAGGACGCGGCGCGCAUGGCGUUGUUUUUUGGUGUCCAAAAAGUCGUUGGGUGAGAGCGAGGAGGUGAAGGCGUUGCUACGCGAUUUGGCGAUUUUGUUGUACAAUUUAGGCGUGAGGACGAUGAAGAGGUCAGAAGACGGGGGGGAGAGUGGUGAGAGGUGGUUCAUGGGGGUGUUGGCGCUACAGAGGGGUCGCGACGUGGGUUUGGGUGCGAAGUUUCGGGCCGACGCGUUGAGGGCGUUGGCGAGGUGCAAUUUGGACGCGGUGGCUUCGCCGAGGGGCUUGUCGAAGGGCGGGGCGCUCGAGAGGGCUAUAAAGUAUUUGGAGCAGGCGCAGGAGCUGCACAACGAGCCGGUGGGCCAGUUGUUGUUGAUAGAGGCGUAUUGGAUGGCGGGGAGGAAGGAGGGUGACGCGAUGUUCGAGGGGGUGCUGAAUGGCAGGAAGGUGGAGUUGUCGAAGUGCCAGUCGUUGAUGUCGGCGGUGACAAGGAGCGGGAGGGGCGAAAUCGUGGAGGCGAUAUUGGAGAGGUCGAUGGAGGAGGGAAAAGGGUGGAGUGAGAACGAGUUGAGUGAGCUUCGACUGAUGCAAUUGGAAGUGCUGGUGAACGCGUGGAAGGCGGCGGAGAGCACGGAGCGGCUGGACUGCCGUUUAGAGAGGGUGGUAGACGACUGCAUAAGGCGGUGCGAGGAGGCGGAGACGGCGUGUGAAAAAAAUGAGCAGAGAUUGUACGUGUUGUGUUGGGAGUUGGCCACAGAGUGCUACAAGGCGAGGAAGUGGACGGAGGCGAUUAGGUGGUUCGAGAGAGUGGUGAGGGUUGGUUUGUCGUGGGCCGGGAGAGAGGAGAGAGUGGAAUUGAAGGCGAAGUGCUUGUGUUUGUUGGCGAAGUGUUACUUGAAUUUGGAGUCGCUGGACGAGGCGUUGAAGUGCGGCGAGUCGGCGUUGGAGGCGAUGCCGACGUUUUUGCCGGGGUUGGCAGUUUUGUUCGAGUUGUACUUGAAACAAGACAGAAUAGAGGGAAUUCACGAGGUGAUCAACAAGGUGAUGAGGAUAGACGAGGCGGAGUGGGGGAGGUGCAAGGAGGUGCUGUCGCCGAUCUACUUGAUAGAGAUGUUGAUUGGACAGGCGUUGGAGUAUCAGAGGAGCGAGGUGACGCUGAAGGUGUUGGAGGCGUUGCUGACGGCAAUUGGGAGUCGAGAGAAGACGAUAUUGCAGAGGCUGAAGUUGAGUUACGGGUUUGUGUUGAGGACGGCGUUGAAGAUGAUGUGGACGGAGCUGGCCAAGUGCGAGUGCCGCUUGGAGGAGGACGGCGAGAGGGAGGGAGAGGGGCCGAAAGGGGCGAGUUUGAAAGCGGUCAAGGAGUGGAUAAACCGGGCGGGGUACUUGAUUCGGAAGGCGUCUCAGGUGCUGAAAAAAGUCGGCAAGGUUUUGUUCUUCGGCUCGUCACCGCUGGCUGAAAGCGGUCCUCGGCAGGAUGAGGAGCUGACGUGGAUGAGCCAUUACUCCUUCAAUUUGGCGGUGAAGGCGCAAAAUUACAAGUUGUUCGAGAACGCGCACGAUUUGUUCAUUGAGAGCGCGCAUUUUUGUAAGCGCACGGAAGUCGAGUCGGCGGAGCCGUUGAAGCAACAGAGGAAGUGCAGAGUGUUGGCGAUUAGUUCGAUUUUGCUGAUGUACACGUCGUCGCCGUACGACGCUUCGCGCGGUACGAAGGAGGAGGUCAGCUCCUCGAAGAUGAAGAAGGGUCUGGAGGGCGCGCUUCAGCACGUGUUGCUGUGCUAUCGUCUCACAGAGAGGAUCUCCGAGAUGAGCGCGUCGACAAAGACGGGCGAGACGUCGAUUGGUGCGGACAAGGUGAAGGUGGAUUGUAAUAAUAUAGGGGAAGAUGGUCGUUUGUUUGAAGAUGAAAACUCGAUGAGAGUGCUGCUAUUUUUGUUAGAUUUUGAGCUUCGAGUUUUGCUUCGGCAUCCGUCUCAAGAGCUUUUUUCUUUGUUGAAUUACCGAGAGGAUUUCGCGGAGCCGCAUAUAAUGAUCCGCGCGUUAGAAAAUUUGUCUUGGUUUAUUUGGGAGAGGCAUCAAGGAAGGUAUUCCCUUCGCCUUGUUGGUUUGGAGUUAUGCUAUCGCUUGGAUGCGUUGUACAGGAAGAAGUGGUCCUCCUCCAAGAGCGACCAAGGCGGCCUUGGGCACGACCUUUUGACCUGGCUGUCGAACCUCCGUCGCGCCGUGUCCUUCUGUCCCGACAAGUCCGAGAGUUUGCAGAUUUACCGGAGAAUUUCAGAGUUGCUCACUUUGAAGGAGGGGACAAGGGAGGAGGCGGGUGCCAGCGAGGACGUGCAGCGACAGGUGCAGUGGCUGGUGAUCGAGGCGUACAACAAUGGCGUUUAUUAUUCUAGGCUCGGAAAGUACGAAGUGUCGGCCAAAUGGCUAGCCACGGCCAUCUCUCUGCUACCAUACUAUGUGCAAAAAAAUGAGUUCGAGGGGACACUCCUAGGGGCGCAUGAACAAGUGCUCAAAAAGUUGUAA